GGCCCUGAUGAACAUCCGGGUUUCCCGCUGGCACCGCUGCUGUGGCUCUCAGGAGCCAUUUUGGACGCCGUUCAGCUUUUCGCAGAUCAAUCCCUCCUUCCCCCUCCAACUGCCCCGACAGAGGGGGAGAAACACGCACCAGGACACACACAAGGUGGCUUCGCUUCUACUCCAAGCGCCCAAGCUCACGGUCCAACUGCUGCCGCCUGGUCAGAAUGAAAAGCUGGAUGUUUGCGGCAUCAGGGACUUUGUUUCCGAUCCGCGCGCUUCUGAGGGAUACACUGUUGUUGUGAAGAGCUCGUGCUGUUAUUGUAGCGGGUGAAGAAUAGCGCGCAGGCCUUCAUUUAAUUUCAUUCUUAAAUGCUUUCGCGGCAUAAAGGACACCAUUUAUCGCCAGGAUCCUCGAAGGAAGGAAUAUGUUUGUUACCUGGCUGACUUUUGCACUCGUCUGGUGCACAGGAGGCAGUCAGGCGGAGGUGGAGACUAGAGAGUGCGUCUACUACAAUGAUAACUGGCGGACGGAGAAAACCAAUCAGAGCGGUUUUGAGAGGUGUGAGGGGGAGAAAGACAAGAGGCUGCACUGUUACGCCUCCUGGAUGAACUCCACCGGAACCAUCCGCCUGGUCAGAAAAGGCUGCUGGCUCGAUGACUUCAACUGUUACGACAGACAGGAGUGUGUGGCCACGGAGGAGAGUCCACAGGUGUUCUUCUGUUGCUGUGAAGGAAACUAUUGCAAUGAGAAGUUCACACACCUGCCAGAAGCCAUCGCUCCUGCAGUAAAGAUCCAGCCUCCUCAGCCGGGGCCGUCUCUGUGGGGUGUGCUGGUUUAUUCUCUUCUUCCUUUCGCCAUUCUCUCUCUGGCCCUGGUGCUCGCCUGCUGGACGUACCACCAACGAAAACCACCCUACAGACACGUCGACAUCGGCCAGGAUGCUGGUCUUCCUCCACCGUCUCCUCUGGUUGGGCUGAAGCCGCUGCAGUUGCUGGAGUUGAAGGCCAGAGGGCGCUUUGGCUGCGUCUGGAAGGCCCAGUUACUGAGUGAAUAUGUGGCGGUGAAAAUAUUUCCCAUCCAGGACAAGCAGUCAUGGCAAAAUGAAAGAGACAUUUACCUCACCGAGGGUUUUAAACACGAGAAUAUUCUACACUACAUCUCAGCAGAAAAACGCGGCACAAACCUUCAGAUGGAGUUGUGGCUGGUCACAGAAUUCCAUGAACGGGGUUCACUAACAGAUUACCUGAAGGGAAACCCGGUGAGCUGGCCUCAGUUGUGCCAUAUUUCUGCAAGUAUGUCCCGUGGCCUGGCGUACCUUCAUGAAGACCUUCCUUACCGAGCAGAGGGACCCAAACCCGCCAUCGCACACAGAGACUUCAAGAGUAAGAAUGUCCUGCUCAAGACUGAUUUGACCGCAGUGAUUGCAGACUUUGGGUUGGCUGUCUGCUUCGAGCCUGGGAAACCGCCUGGAGAUACACACGGCCAGGUGGGAACUCGGCGUUACAUGGCUCCAGAGGUGCUGGAGGGAGCCAUUAAUUUCCAAAGGGAUGCCUUCCUAAGGAUCGACAUGUACGCUCUAGGACUGGUGCUGUGGGAGCUAGUGGCUCGCUGCACUGCCUCCGAUGGUCCUGUAGGUGAGUACCAGCUGCCCUUUGAAGAGGAGGUGGGCCAACAUCCUUCACUGGAAGACCUUCAAGAUGUGGUGGUCCACAAGAAGAUGCGGCCCGUCUUUAAAGACUGUUGGAUCAAACAUCCGGGUUUGGGCCAGUUGUGCGAGACCAUCGAGGAGUGCUGGGACCACGACGCAGAGGCGCGACUGUCGGCGGGCUGCGUGGAGGAGCGCAUCUCCACCAUCUCCAAGACAGCCAACACCAUCAACACGUCUACCUCGGAGUGCCUGGUCUCCAUGAUGAUGACGUCCCACAGCGACACGGACCUUCCUCCCAAAGAGUCCAGCACCUGAACGCCCGCCUCCAAACAUCAGGGACUGCCAACCACUGCGUUCAUCGCCCCAGUAAAUGUGAACUUUGCUGCUAAUUUGAUCGUCAUGUAUUUCAUUUCUUGGAUCGCUUUCACCAGCACAUUCGUCUACUGUACUCUUCCGAGAGGAAGGCACACACAGAAAAACCUCAACCGAACUCUCAGAGGGCAUUCAGGUUAUCGUUUCAGACUGCUGGGAUAUGAGCACACGUUACCUCAUCGGAUUUAAUGCCAUUUUUAUGUUGUUUUUUUGCCUUCACUCCAUGAAUACCUCCAUCCGAACGCUCGACCCUCGGGUUUUAUCAAGACUACGCGACGAUCUGAUGACUGUUACACAACCUUCCAAGAGCACACAAGGUCAUUUUUGUACUCGGUGAAUUUUAGUCUAGUUUUAACGUACCCUUUUUUCCUCGAAAUGUCUCGUGGGAUGUCAUUUGUCAUGUUUCCGGCAGUGGCGGCAGUUGUCUGGGACACUGGAAGCUGAAGGCAGCGGGACUGUUAUGAUUCGAGUUGCCUUUCGCAGCAUCGGGAUUGGUUUUAAUGUAGCAUCCGCUUGUUGAAGUAUCUGAAGUCAGACGUGCCAUCAGUUCAGCGUUCGUUGUUUCCGAGUGACAAGAGCUGCAAUCGAAGUGUUAGUUCUGCGGCCACGUGAAGAGCAGCGCUGCGUUCCAGGUUUGAUUUCAAUGUUUCGGUGCAUCAGGAAAGCGCGAGAUGUUUAUCCGCUACACUACUCAGGUAAACUCUGUGCAUGUGAUUGUGUGACCGCUCACUCUUACAGCAAUAGUUCUCAGCAUGGUGAAUCUCACCAGGAAAAAUCUGGGUCAUGAGUCACCUGAAAAUCGAAACGAAAAAUAUAGAGUUAAACAUUCAUGAAAAUGUAGCUUGUUUUUAGCGCCAAGAUUUUUUGCACUGUGGCAUUAUUUUCAUAACUGUUAAGCCCAUCUUAGCAUAUCAUUAGCAUAAUGCAAAACCAAUACUUUAAUGAAGAUAUCACAAAUUGAUUUUUUUUUUUACUUAAU